CGCCCAGUAACUGACACUAACAACUGCAUCAAACAUGAUCAUGUCAGUGAGAUAACAGCCGUCAAGGGAGUAUUUGCCUCAUACAUAUCAUCGAACUGCCAGCAGGUGCGAAUAUGCGGAUUCAUCGAUAAGUCGAAGUCAUGGGCAUCGACAAGAAGUUGGCACGCUAGCCUAUCCUCCUCCUACUUAUCGAGUUACGAGCCACCAACUCAUCCAUACCGCUGUCCUUCCGAUUGUUCCCCCGUGUCCGCUGGUCGAAACGUCACUCGAGCGCGACGAGAUCCUCAUCGCCUAAUUAACCUCUCGAACCUCUCUUGUUAUCGCUGUCAUGGCCGACGGCGCAGGUCCGAGUAGAGGCGUCAGGCCCAGCUUUUCCAACUAUGCCAGACGCCAAUCCUAUGCUUCUGUAGCCUCCGGCGCGAACUCGCAGUCGAACCUCCCUGCUCCUCGAUCAGAAGCCCUCUCUGCUAUUAGAAACUUCGCUUCAGGCAGUUCCUUUUCUUUCCACGAUUCAGAAUCCCAGCAUCCGGGAGGACAGCCAGCUCAUGAGCACGAGUCAAAUGGUUUACAUAGGCAAAGGCCAACACCUUUGCCCCCACACUCAAGGAAGUUCGCCCAUAUUCAUUCUACAGAGACAGGCACAAUUCCCAUCGCUCCAUUUUUUGUCCCUUCGUACCUGAGAGCAUCGAGAUACGUUGCGAAGCUGGAAGCCGAACACAAAGCGAGGAUGAAGAGUGAGAGAGCGCAACCACCAAACACCUCUUCCGCAGCCAACUCGCUGUCCACGAGCGCUGGGAACUCCAAUGCUCAAAGAAUGGCACCCUCACAUCGUGGUAUGACAUACGACAUCAUCGAAAGCAAUCCUCCGAAAGAGAGUCACCCAUUGAUGCCUUUGCCCUCUCGAUGGAGCGAGCGAGACAAGUAUCCAGGAUUGGAUGCGAUGGAUGACGGUCUCGAGUUGAAAUAUAUUGGUUCUGGGAGCAGAGCGGAGAUCGAGGCGGCGUCGGUGCGCUCAAACUACCCCAUGUCGCGAGCUUGUGGUAUAUAUUACUUCGAGGUAGAGAUUAAACACAAGAGCAAAGAUACGGCCAUUGCUAUUGGGUUCUCUACGGUGGAAGCUUCCUUGGAAAGACUGCCGGGGUGGGAGACGCACUCAUGGGGAUACCAUGGCGAUGAUGGUAAGAUGUUCUGCGGCGAACAUUCCGGUAGACACUACGGUCCCACUUUUGAUGCUGGCGAUGUCAUCGGUUGCGGUGUGAAUUUCAACGCCGGUCAUGCCUUCUUCACAAAAAACGGACAGGAGCUUGGGGUAUGUUUCAAGGAACUGAGAAAGGACCUGCAGUUAUAUCCCACGGUGGGAAUGAAAAAGCAUACAGGAGCGCUUAUCACUGUAAAUUUCGGACAAAGGCCUUUUGUGUUUGACAUCGACGAUAAGAUGGAAAGCGAGAGGAACAAAGUGUCGAGGGAAAUCGACAAUGCGAAGCCUCACUUAAUGACAGAGCGCCCGACCGAGUGCCCGAAUGAGAACGCGCUGAUUCAAGACUUGGUCAUGCAAUUUCUGAGUCAUGAUGGUUACGUUGAGACCGCUAGGGCAUUUGCGGACGAUGUUCAGAGGGAAAGAGAAUCUUUGAACAAUACCGGACCGACUCCGCCAACUGCAUCGCCUGUGGAUGAUACUGAAGCUGUCAACCGUCAGAAGAUUCGACGUGCGAUCCUCUUUGGGGACAUUGACCGAGCUCUUGAGCUCACUCAAGCACACUUCCCUGCUGUCCUCGCACAAAAUCCUAGCAUCGUGUUCAAGAUGAAGUGUCGCAAAUGGGUUGAGUUAAUCAGAAAGACAACCGAACUGAACGCGAGAAAGAAUAUUGCCCAACGUGAAGCCUCGGCAGCUACAGACGAUGACUUUGCUCAGGAUAUGGAACUCGAUGACCAGCCCAAUGGUCGAAGUCAGAGCAACGGCCUCGGGAAAGCAGUCGCGAGUGAGACUGUGCUACUUCAUGACCAAUAUCUCAUGGAAGUUAUGGCAUACGGCCAGGAACUGUCUCGAGAAUAUGGUGGUCAAGAAGAUUACGCAAAGACGCUCAACGAGACCUUCAGCUUGCUUGCAUACGAUGAUCCUACAGUCAGCGUCAAUGGUCACCUUCUCGAAUCUUCCGGGAGGUCUGCAGUCGCCGAGGAACUUAACUCUGCCAUCCUAGUGAUGCUUGGCCGAUCACCUGCCGCUUACCUUGAGAGAAUGUGGAGGCAGACCGACGCACUCCUAGACACACUAGUCGAGAAUGCGGGCGGGUCGGCAGCUUUCGUCAACCUCCGGGCGACGUUUGAGACGUGAUGUUGUGGUCAAAGUCGUGGACAGAUCGUCCGGCGUUUUGGGGAGUGAUGUCGCGCGGAGGGUUUGCUGGUGUAAAGUUGGAGUACGUUGGUCCACUGGCAGGAUCCUUCACAUAUGAAUUUUAACCGAGCAUGAGGGCAUCUGGCGCACUGGCAGUCAAGGUGUCAUUGAGAGCAUCAGGCAAUUGGACUCGUUAACUGGCACUUUGAGGGGAGGAUGGAAUGGCCCACAUGCCGCAUGGGAAUACUUGUUUGAUUGGUAGAGAUAUUGCUAUUCGGCUCUCGACUCUUCCUGGAAAGAAGUGCUGCAAAGUAUAGUAUCACGUCGACAUACCGUCCCCGAGUUCGGCAACAGUCUGCAGACCAGACUUAAGGCUGUCGUCGGUGAGAGACUCUAUACCUAGUGAAGUAUCCGUAGAUAGACUUGGAGACUGAAGCCACUGUGACACGUGAAUUGGAACAAUGGCUUGUGUUUUACAAAUAAUCGGAUCGCAAAG